AUGGGAGGGGACUUCAACGAGAUUAUUCAUCCGUCGGAGAAGAAGGAAGGUCAAAGACGGGCAAGAGUACAUAUGAAAGAUUUCCAAAGGUGUCUUCAAGAUGCAGACUUGUGGGAUAUUCGGUCCAAGGAUGGUUGGUUCACUUGGGUGAGUGGAACUCGAGCUCAUACCUUUGUGCAAGAACGCAUUGACAGGGUGGUGGCCAAUAAUGAUUGGCAUCUUAUGUUUCCCGGAUGCUCAGUCUCGACGAUCCCGACCGCUUCUUCAGACCACUAUGCUCUUCUCCUUAGCUUGGAGAGCCUUGCUUCUAGUCGUCCUCACAGAGUAUAUUAUUUCAAAUUUGACGUAUGUUGGGCAAGUGAAGAACAAUGUCGAAACAUUGUUUGA